GCUCCUGCGACCCUCAACUACUCUCUGAACCAGCCAACUCUCCCUGUCUCUGUCUCUGUCUCUCUCUUUCCCAAUACGGAGUAAGAACUUUUCAACUCAACCAAGCCCUUUCUCUUACCUUGCAUACACAUUAGCAAAAAACAGCAACAUUUGACUGAACCCAUCUAAGCAUAAAACGAGAAACCAAACACAACCUCUGCUUCCAUAUUACACCAAGAAAGAAAGAUGAUUGGACGCAGAGAUGGAGCGUUGAUGCGAAACAACAGCAGCAAUCAAUCACUACUUAAAUCAAGAAUUGCAAUUGCAAUUGCCAUUGGGAUGUUCCUUGGAUGCAUCUUCGCUUUCUUCUUCCCUCAUGGACUUUUCUCUUCCAAUUCUCCUCACUUUGACCAUAACCACCUCACAAGAUCCAUUUCCCAGGUGGUAUCAACAUCAUGUGAAUCAUCUGAUAGUCUGAACAUGUUAAAAGCUGAGUUUGUGGCUGCAUCGGAGAAAAAUGCUGAGUUGAAAAAACAGGUUAAUGUGUUGAUUGAAAAGCUUAGAUUGGCUGAACAAGGUAAAGAUCAUGCAGAGAAGCAAGUGUUGGUGUUGGGUGAACCGCAUAAAGCUGGCCCUUUUGGUACUGUUCAGGGUUUAAGGACAAAUCCGACAGUCGUUCCAGAUGAUUCUGUGAACCCGAGACUAGCAAAUAUUUUAGAGAAAAUUGCUGUUGGGAAGGAACUUAUAGUUGCUUUGGCGAAUUCAAAUGUAAAGGACAUGUUGGAGGUUUGGUUUAAAAGCAUCCAGAAAGUAGGGAUACCCAACUAUUUGGUUGUUGCUUUGGAUGAUGAGAUUGCCAAGUUUUGUGAAUCAAAUGAUGUUCCAGUGUAUAAGAGAGACCCAGACAAGGGAAUUGAUUCUGUAGGAAAGACUGGAGGCAACCAUGCUGUUUCAGGACUGAAAUUUCAUAUAUUGAGGGAAUUUUUGCAGCUCGGAUACAGUGUUCUUCUCUCAGAUGUUGAUAUUGUGUAUUUGCAAAAUCCUUUCCAUUAUCUUUAUAGAGAUUCAGAUGUGGAAUCCAUGAGUGAUGGCCACAAUAAUAUGACAGCUUAUGGUUAUAAUGAUGUUUUCGAUGAACCUGCAAUGGGUUGGGCUAGAUAUGCCCAUACAAUGCGGAUAUGGGUUUACAACUCUGGCUUUUUCUACAUUAGACCGACAAUUCCUUCAAUCGAGCUCUUGGAUCGAGUCGCUAAUCGGCUCUCUCGUGGGAAUGCUUGGGACCAGGCAGUUUUCAACGAGGAACUCUUUUUCCCUUCACAUCCUGGGUAUGAUGGACUUUAUGCAUCCAGGAGAACUAUGGAUUUCUAUCUCUUCAUGAACAGCAAGGUCCUCUUCAAAACUGUGAGGAAAAAUGCUAACUUGAGAAAGAUCAAGCCAGUGAUUGUGCAUAUAAAUUACCAUCCUGAUAAGCUUCCGCGUAUGCAAGCGGUGGUGGAAUUCUAUGUCAAUGGCAAGCAAGAUGCACUAAGCUCUUUCCCUGAUGGAUCAGAAUGAUAAAUUUUUGGAUUGGUGUUUCUUUCCUGCUUUUCAGAAGAUAGCCUCUACAUUUUCAUGCUUAACCCUUCAAUCAUGUUGUAGACUUGUAAUGAAUUGUCCAAAACAAAUUGUAAGGCCAAAGCCGCCACAGCUAGGACCCAAUGGGAGCAGCACCAUCAUCCCCAGACAAUCCUUAUCAAAUGUCCAUGUUGGAAAUUUUGCUCCUCUGGCAGAGCAAAUUCUAUGCCAUUGUAUUACAGGUUAUGCAGGUAGCUUAUGAGCCAUUUGCAACCCUUUGUUUCCCAAACAGAUGGUUUUCUUUCAAUCGCUUAUCUAGCACAAUAACAUUUGUUACUUUCCUGUA